ACAUUUUUCAUAUGUAAGCCAAAUGAUCUGAAGGGAACAAAUUCUAUAUUCUUUAAGGUCCGAAGUAUCUCACUUUCCUUUGCUAUAUAAGCUUUUCUUUGAUUUUCCUUUCAAUAUGACCUCAAAUAGCACCCAUUUACCAAUUAGAACCAAGUCAGGAGAACAGAACAAGCCUCUGAAUCGUGCAGAAGAGGUUGAUGAUUUACUCAACGCCGUCCAGUCAUUAAUUGUUCCAUUCAUAAAAGCCGCGGAUGAGGAUGCUUCUACCAAACCCACUGGUCAUGGACUUGCUAUUCCAGGUGGCGGUCCUCGAACUGCCCUUGUUGAGCAUCAUAAACCAGAGAAACUGUCCAGCUUGAUGAACUUUGAUUUACCUGGAAAUGGAACUGGAAAAGAAGGUUUAUUGGCAACGGUUGAGCAAGUGCUCAAGUACAGUGUCAAUACUUGGGAUCAAGGAUUCUUGGACAAAUUAUAUUCUAGCACAAAUGCGGUUGGAGUCAUUUCAGAACUUUUGUUGGCAGUUCUGAAUACCAAUGUACAUGUCUUUCAAGUCUCGCCUGCUCUCUCGGUAAUAGAGAAGAAAACAGCAAAGGCUUUUGCUAAUCUCUUCGGCUUCGAUGGUCCUCAUGCAGGGGGCAUUUCAACACAAGGGGGAAGUGCUUCGAACACCACCUCCAUAAUCAUUGCUCGAAACAUUUUAUAUCCAGAGAGUAAAACAGCUGGAAAUGGAUCACAUAAUUUUGUCUUGUUCACUUCAGCACAUGGACACUACUCCUUGGAGAAGGCAGCUCAGAUGUGUGGGCUCGGAACGGACAAUGUCUGGUCUGUACCAAUCGAUGCUCAGGGCCGAAUGAUUCCUUCCGAGCUCUUGAACUUGGUUCAAAAAGCGAAAGACGAAGGCAAAACUCCUUUCUAUGUCAACGCUACAGCUGGAACUACAGUUCUUGGCUCAUACGACCCGUUCAAGGAAAUCUCCGAGGUCUGCAAGGAGCACAACCUAUGGAUGCACGUUGAUGGCAGCUGGGGCGGAUCAGUAAUCUUCUCUUCAAAACAAGGGCACAAGCUUGCAGGUGUUGAGCGAGCAGAUUCCCUAGCCGUCAACCCGCACAAGAUGAUGGGAGUUCCGAUCACGUGCUCAUUCCUCCUCGGACCAGAUCUCACAAAAUUCCACAAAGCAAACACAUUACCUGCUGGGUAUCUCUUUCACCAAGAGAACGAAGGAGGAGAAGUCUGGGAUCUUGCGGAUUUGACACUCCAAUGUGGUCGUCGAGGAGAUAGCCUUAAGCUCGCUCUCGCUUGGAUUUACCACGGUUCAUCCGGAUUCGAGCAACAAAUCGACCAUGCGUUCUCCAUCGCCUCCUACUUUGCGGACCAGGUCUCGCAACGAAAAGAUUUUUUUCUCGUCAGCGAGAAUCCUCCACCAUGUCUGCAAGUCUGCUUUUAUUAUGCCAAGGAAGGAAAGCUGGGAAGCAAGGAAGAGAAUACCAAAACGACAAGUGAGAUUGUGCAAAAGCUGAUACCAAUGGGUUUUAUGGUUGAUUACGCUCCUGGAGAGAAAGGAAGUUUCUUCAGAGUAGUUGUGAAUAGGGAUACGAGAUCUGGCACUGUGGAUGGAUUGAUCAUCGCUACCGAGGAGGUGGGGGAAGAGUUUGUAAGAAUGGAGCGUGGAAGCGAGAAUCUUUGGCGUAUGACUUGAAAUUGGGAGACCUAAGAGUUUCAGCCGGUAGACAUUAGAUAGCAGACUAUAAAGCUAGAACACCGUUGUAUCAUAGAAUGUCACUAGAGUGACAUGAUAAAGCAGGUCCUCUGUCCAGC